GCAAGACUGUUGGUGUUGAACUGUCGAGGUCUGAUUUAGCGAAGUUUGACAAGAAUUAAUCUCCCAGGAUCUGCACCAACAUGGCAGACAGUUCAAGGGGAUCAUGGAUAACGAAAGAUGAUCCCAAGAUGGUCUCGUCCCGGCACAAGGACUUUUAUGAAGACAUUUUAGAGGCGCGGCGGAAAGAGAGUGAUAUUCUCUUCUCAUUACGGACUCGAGAAACACCUGCUUACAAGUACAAUGAGAAGCGAACCAAUGAUGCCAUAAAGCUAGAGGUGUUGAACAGUGACAGAGUUAAAUAUGCUGUUGAACAGGUUGCCAAGGAGCGUGAUGUUGAAGAGUUAGUUGUUAAGGCAGAAGUGCAGACAAUUUUAGACGAAAUGGCGCACAGUUUAAAUAUGGGUGCAGUAAGAGGGUUUGCCUUGGGGCUUACCAAAGCUUUAAAACAGCUUUACAGACGAGUGUAUGUCAACGAGGGAGGUAUUUAUAGGUUACGACACUUGAUGCAGGAGUACCCAGUAUUGUUGAUGCCAACUCACAGAAGCUACAUGGACUUCCUGAUGAUGUCGUAUGUAAUGUACAUCUAUGAGUUACCAUUACCGGUUAUAGCUGCAGCUAUGGAUUUUAUGGGCAUGAACUUCUUCGGGUGGCUUUUGCGUAACUCUGGUGCAUUUUACAUUCGGCGCACUUUUGGAGGAGAUCAGCUGUACUGGGCAGUUUUCACAGAGUAUGUCCAGACUCAAAUCUGUAAUGGAGACUUUCCUAUGGAAUUUUUUGUGGAAGGCACAAGGAGUCGGACAUCAAAGUCAUACUCACCAAAACUGGGUAUGCUGUCUGCAGCGCUGGAGCCUUACUUCAAAGCCUUGGUGCCAGACAUCAUGGUGAUUCCUGUCAGUAUGAGCUAUGACCGCGUUUUGGAAGAGAGACUCUAUGCCUAUGAGUUACUGGGAGUGCCAAAGCCUAAGGAGUCUACCUCGGGUCUGCUGAAAGCACGCAGCGUGUUGUCAGAGGAUUAUGGCAGCAUUCAUGUCCACUUUGGAGAACCCAUUUCCAUACGUCAGUUUUCUGCUGGAAAGAUUGACAGAAUUUCUCACAGUCUUGCUCCUAGGUACAUAGCCAGUCUGUCCGCAGAUGAACAGGAGUUAGUGCACAAGUUUGGUCACCAUGUUGUGUUGGCACAGCUGAAGCACAUGGUUAUCUCCCCUUGGGCUCUCAUCUCUGCGGUCCUGCUGCAGAACAAGGAAGGAAUCCUGGUCAAACAGUUAGUGAAGGAAGUGGAGUGGCUGAAGAGACAAGCCUCCAACCUGGGAGCUUACAUUGACUGGCCAGGCCAGGAGGUGGCUGAGACAGUGAUAAAAUCCAACAUUGAGUUUCAUAAAAAUCUUGUUACUAUAAACGAGAAACAGAUUGUGGAGUUGUUACGGCCAGAACAAACAACAGAGGGGAGAACUGCGCCAGCUUCACAACAGGAUCGGCUAAUGGAAUCUGCUGCUCAGCAGAUCAUGGUAUCUUUGUACCGGAAUCAGCUGGCCCAUGUCUUCAUUCGGGUAGCCAUGGUAACAAUACCCAUCAAUGCCAGUAACCAGGACUCCAUGUCAUUAGAUGAAUUAUUUGAGAAGUAUGUUUUCCUGGAAAAGCUGUUGUCAAAAGAUUUUAUAUUUUACCCUGGAAACACAAAACAGGACUUUGACAAUGCCUUGGCUACACUGACGCACACCUGUGGGGUUGUUGUGGAAACAGGUCAUCUCAUUAUUAAGCAGUCCAUUAGUAAAUACACAACAUUCUUCAGCCAGAUGUAUGAGCCAUUUCUCUUGGGGUACUGGGUGCUGUGUCAGUGUUUGUUAUCCAUGACUCGAGAUCCCCAUGGUAAGCCCGUCCCAAAAGAGGCCAAGACACUGUGUAAAGAGGCACAGGCAUUGUCAGCCAGGCUACUCCGGGAGGGUAUUGUCAAGCAUCAGGAGAUUCUCUCCCUUGAUAUGAUGAAUAACGGGAUUAAGUCUUUCCUUAAGCUCGGGGCACUGGCCAAGGAGACACGGGAGGGGAAGAGCCUGGUUUGUCCAAACAUGCUACCACUGUCCAAAGUCAGUGAAGAAAUAGCCAAGCUGAUGGAGGUGCCAGCGCUGAGAGUGGCCAGAAUUAACGUGGAGACAAAGACUGUGACUAUUAACUCUAAACUCUGAGAGGGAGCAGCAGUCAGAGGCCUCACAGAGGGGUUCAACCAUUCUAGUGUUAUUACAGCUAAUUGCAUGAUCAAGCGAGGAUCAGUUCCUCCAAACAUGUCGUUACGACAGAUUUAAUUGGCCAUCUUUUGCAAAUAUUACAUGUAUAUUGAGACAGGAUCGUUAAUAUGAAUACAAAAUGCAGUAACUUUUAUUUUAUAUUUUAUUGGGCAACAGGUGGCAUUAUAUGUACGUGUAUGUCUGUAGUAUUAUUCUUCCAUUUAUGAAUAUGUGUAACUUUGCACGACAUUUAGGUGAGUGCCCAUUGGUCUGAAAAACAAUCAGCUGAUGUUUGCAACACUCAGUCCAGAGCAUGAUUUAAAUCAAGUCAGAAGAGGACAGGUUUAAUGCUGAGCAGGUAGAACAAAUGCUACAAUAUGGCAUGGCAGGACCCAUAUACUGGUCUCAGUAUAUCUCAUGAUCUUUUGUCUCAUUAAUAUUUACAAAUCGAUGCCCAUCAAAAGCCUUUCAUAUGUGGUCUCUGAUUAUGUGUUACUCAGCAUGAAAAUGUAAGUGCUGAGUAAUUGUGUGGAAAUAUAUGAAGUCAGAUUUUAUAUUUAACAGCCAGCUUCACAUAUUUGAAUGUCGGGGCCUAGUUGUUCUGGGGCCUAGUUGUUCAGGGGCCGCUUGCACAAAGGGAUCGUAAGCGUAAGUUGAUUGUAAAUCACUAGGAUCCUGAUCCUAGCCUUAGCCAACAAUUAACACCCCCUUGCACGAGGUUCAAUAGUUGUAACUUCCAAUGUGAAAUUACAAUCUGGUCGAUUCAGUUGUAAAUAUUCACAAUCACCUGAAAAUUAAUGCUGAAGGAUAUGCAGGAAACACUUUGGCUUUAUUUCUUAAUGUGCAGAUUAUCAUGUGUAAUAACAUAUAACUGUUCAAAUGAAUUUUUCAACUUUGUCUCUGGAGGGUGAAAAUGGCUUUAAAGUACAGUUUUCUUAAUGCCCUAGCUGUCAUUCCGGAAAUUGAUCCCUGUUUGAAAACAACUCUGUAGGGGACAGACCCAACAGGGCUGGGGUAAUGACUGGGGGGGGGG